AUGGCGUCUACAUCUACAUCGAAAUCACCCCUCGAUGAUCUCGCGCCUUUGCUCGAGUCUCUCGCACUUAGCAGCUCUGGCCCCUUGCCACAGUACGGCCCGAAGCGCGUCAUUGAAUUAGAGGGCAGCCCGGAGCCCGCCAUUGAUUCCAACCCGUAUCUGGGACACGAUCCAGACCCAAAACAGGGCCAUAGACCCAAUUUGGACCAGGGCCGAUGCGCUCGGUGCAAGUCACCUCAAGCCUUCGACCGAAACCUACGUGAAGUCCCCUGCUGUGGGGCGAAUAUCUGCAACCCGUGUGAGGACAGAGGUUUGAAUGAGAAAUUGCAAAACGAUAUCUGGAGACAUCAUGAUUCGCACCAAUGGGUGGGAUGUCUUGCCAACGCGUGUCAAAUGCUCAGCGCACCCCAGGAUUUUGAUACCCUCGGAUCCCAACUGGAAGUCCCCUCUUGUCUUUCUCCUCAGCAGAUGCUCCGAAAUGCGGAACGAGCUCGGGAAGCCCUGAAGAGCAUUGCCCCCCGACCCUCCCGUCACGAAUGGAGGCUCGCCCAGCGCUUACACAAGGCCCUGGUCGAGCACAAACUCAUACCGGAUUGGUCAAAAGCACACUUUGCCGUUCAAUCGGCACCAUUAUUCCCCGUCAGGUCUGGCUUCCUCACGCAGCUCGUGCCUAUCAUCACGUGCAUGCUGAAGACCGAGCCCAAAACCUGUGCCAGCUGUUCCACCGCAUUUCGGACGGUGGACACCAGCAAUGAAGCUGCAUGGGGGUACAUGGCCACCACAUUCCCUGGCGAUUGGACUUGGAUGGUGCUGGGCCGCCCGUCGGCAGAAGUUUUGCCUGGAUGUGCGGGCAAGCACUCGCUCGACAUCUGUCCCGCUUGCCUUCCCAAGUGGAUGGUUUCGGGGCUAGGGUUUGUCGAUGGCAUGUCGGGAAGCGGCAAUUACCGCUUCGCUUGCCCCAUGUGCAAGCUCAUCUUGCCCCCGGUCCAAGUGGACAAGAUUGCCCGGCUCAUUGACCCCAGCCGGGCCCCAACGCCAGCACAUUCGUUGGGUCCCCCAGGCAAGCCAACGGGUUUGUUUGCGGGAGGUCUUGGUGGCAGCGGCGGGGGCGAGUGGUCGUCCAAGGUGGCGGCGGAUCCCGAAGCCGCCGCCCGCAAGGAGUCGCUGACUGGCGCCAUCGUCGCCAAGAAGCCCAACGUGCGCUGGGGCGAUGUCGCUGGACUAACAUCAGCGAAGCACGAGCUCCAGCGGGCCGUCAUCUUCCCGGCGAGGUUCCCCAACCUCUAUGACGACAAGCGCAAGCCCCCCAGCGCCAUCCUCCUCUACGGACCCCCGGGCACGGGCAAGAGCUACCUCGCCAAAGCCGUAGCCACUGAAGCAGACCACACCUUCUUCAGUAUCAGCCCGGGGGACGUAGUCUCGAAAUGGGUCGGCGAGAGCGAGAAACUCAUCCGGGAACUCUUCACCCUCGCCCGCGAAAACAAGCCCUCGCUGAUCUUCAUCGACGAGAUCGACGCCCUCUGCUCCAGCCGCGAAGACUCCAGCGGCGGCAACUCCAGCUCCAGCAGCGGAAGCGAGCACUCGGCGCGCAUGAAGACGGAACUGCUGGUUCAGCUCGACGGCCUGCCCAACGGCGGCGGCGACAACGGCGGCGUGGUCGUCCUCGCCGCCACCAACCUGCCCUGGGCGCUCGACCCGGCCUUCCGGCGGCGCUUCGCCCCGCGCGUGCACAUCCCCCUGCCGGACCGUGCGGCGAGAAGGCGGCUGUUUGAGGUACAUGCCGGUGGGGGGAGGUGGGAGGGGGUGUUGGCUGCUGCUGGCGAGGAGGUGGUGGAUCGGCUGGCGGAGAUGACGGAGGGGUUUUCGGGGAGCGAUGUCGCGCAGGCGGUGGGGAGGGCGUUGGCGGCGCCGUUGGAAAGGGUGCAGCGGGCGGAAUGGUUUCGUGUCGUGGAGAGGGCGGAGGACGGGGAGGGUAUGUAUACGCCAUGUGCGGAGGGGGAGGAGGGAGCUGUGGCGAUGACGUGGGAGGGCGUGCCGAUGAAUCGGUUGCGGGAGCCGGCGGUGACGGAGGAGGAUUUUGUGAGCGUGUUGAGGGACCGGAAGGUGAAGGCUUCGGUCGGGGCCGCAAGCCUUUUCGUCAUGCGUCUUCUACGUACCGAUAAGCUCGAGGUGAUCGAGUAUCAGGGGCAAGACAUCCCACCGAUGCAUUCGAAUACAUUCGACGUGUGGGCGGCCGAGGAUCCCCGCAAACUGAGGAGUGACUUCAGAAUGUCCCGCUGGUUUGAACGCGGUUGGACGCUACAGGAACUCAUCGCUCCCGGUGUCGUUCACUUUUACGACAGGUACUGGAACUUCAUUGGAUGCAGGGAGAAGCUGCUUGAUGUCAUCGUCCAGGUCACCAAAAUCAGCCCGACCUACUUUGCGACCGGCGACCUUUCGCAAUUCUCGGCCGCACAAAAGUUGUCCUGGGCCGCCCGUCGCAAUACCACCCGGCCCGAAUAUAUCGUAUAUUGCCUGCUCGAGUUGUUCGACAUCAACAUGCCACUGCUGUACGGCGAGGGUGAACGGGCAUUCCAGCGGCUGCAAGAGGAGAUCUUACGGCAGUCCGAGGAUGACUCCCUUUUUUGUCACGACGGCACCGAGAUGUUGGCUAUUUCGCCCCUCUACUUUCUCGACGCUAGCAAGGUGUUGAAAGGGGAAACCUGGCCCGUUCACCUCGCCCUCCUCAGCUGCGGUAUGUCAGAAUCGGCUUCCGUCUUGGUCUUGCGCGAAGGUCCCCCCGGCGUGUUUGUCAAACAGGGUGUGCCCUGCAGCCCCAUCGCGCAGGCAGCGUCGGACCCGAAGUUGGCAGAACGAUUUGUCACCAAUCCGUCUACAGGAACUUGGAGUUGGAAGGCUAGGAAUCACGCAUUCGCGGCGGAAAGGAUGCUCGGGGGCCAAAUGCAAGUGCACUUCCAAAAUCAGGAGCCCAUAAUGACGCCCAUUAUCAGGCCCGCCAUCUCGUACAACCGGUCAGAUAGGGGGUUGGCGGCGCCUCAGCAGCGAGAACGAUGCCCCGAGUCCGAGUCCAACUCGACAGCCGAAGACAGAUGA